AUGUUUUCAUUGAUAAUUAGUCAUUGUUCGGCCAAAAGGCAUAUUAAAACAAGCAUAUUCAGUGAAUGCAACAAUGAUGUCAAAUCAAAAUUCACGGUUACAAUUGAAGUAAAUAAAUCUUCAACUGAAAGAGAGUGCUUGUUUGAACUUGAGAAGACAUACGUCUUUCCAAAUGAUGUCGUCGCAGCAAGUAAAGAAGAAGUCGAAGAAAACAGCAAGAAAUAUAACUUUGAAAUCGCUCCUCCUUCUCCAACACCACAACAAACACCACAACAAACACCACAACAAACACCACAACAAACACCACAAGAAACACCGAAACAAACACAGAAACCUCCUAAACUGAGCAAAUUUACUCUCAUAAUCAUCAUUUCGAUCUCUUGUGCGUUAGUUCUUCUUAUCGUCAUCUUUGUUAUUUACGUCAUCAUCCAACGACGCAAAGAUGUCACGAAAUCAGAUGCAGCGAUUGGACAACAAUUAGUAUAA